AAUAAAUACUUUUUUAUGAUAUAAACAUUUUAAUUAUUAGUUAAUAUAUUUAUGGCUCUAGGUAGCAUUUGUCCUCUUGAAAGGAGAUAAGUAACAUACUAAAUUUGCUCCAAUCACCUUCAUUUUCUGUUCCCCAGUUAACCUAGACACGUGGCGCUCGCUCACCCAGCCACCGUGCUGCCGUUAUCAUUAUCGCUUCCGCUCCAUCUCUCAGCACCGAACCCAAAACAAUAGCUAGAGAGAGAAACCAAGAGAGAGAGAGAAACAAAGAUCUAGCUCUCGCUAUCGCUACCUCUUGUUUCCUCCCUCCGUGACCGUGAUGGACGGUGGAGAUGUCUGGAGCGUGGCCGCCUGUUCAGACGCCAACGCCGCUUCUCACGUCAACAGAAUAAUGCUCCGCUUCCGCCCGAUCGCGCCCAAGCCAGUGGCCGGAAGUUCCUCGGCCGCCGUCGCAGGCGGCGGAGGAGAGGUAAGCCAGAGUAGCCAGGUGUCAGUCCUCGGGAAGAGACCGAAAAGGAAGUACGUUAGGAUUCGGAGAAACAGUGGAUACGUGAGAAAGAAUAGUAGUAAUAACGUUAACGGUAACGGUAACGACAUCGAUAAGUCGUCGGACGUAGCGGUUGUGACGUUGCAGUUGAUGCCGGAGAAGGAAGCGCCGGGAGGAAACUCGGCGGCCGGAGAUUCGUGGUGUAAGAACGUCGAUCUUGACCUAACGGUGGAGAAGAUUCAGAUCGUGCAGAAUCGGAAUCCGAAGGCGCCGUGUGCGACGGCGGAGGAAAGGAGGGGAGGCAAGGGUUCAGAUCUUGUUGCGGCGGGGAAGGUGGCGGAGUCGUGGGUGACGGUGGAGAGCGUGAUAAGCACGUGCAUGGGAGAUGGAGGAGGAGGGUUAGGUUGUACGGACGCGGAGAAGGUGAGGACCUUAGAGAGUGACACGUGUCCAGGGUUUGUGUGCGACGGAAGCUUGAGGGUGCGGUGGGUGAAUGAGGCGUACAAGAGGAUGGUGGCGAGCGAGGAUAUCGUGGUGUGGUUGAAGGUGAAGGAUACCGCUAGUGCUGCCUGGUGGUGCUAUUCUCACCCGGCGUUCACCUGCGGGGUGAGAUUGCAGUACACGUGGCGGAACGAGAAGUGCACGAAGAUGGUGCCGUGUGAUGUUUGGAGAUUGGACUGUGGGGGGUUUGCAUGGAGGCUAGACGUGAAAGCUGCGCUGAGUUUGGGUCUCUGAAAAAAGAAAAGAAAAAGAAAAAAGAAAAAUCAGAGACGCAAACUCGACCUUAUUUACAUAUGUAUCCUUUUAUAUAUACACACACACCUUUACAUAACUUGGUAGCUCCAGUUCUGUGAAUUGAGUGGAAGCCUCCUCUCUGCAAAAGGACCUGUUUGGUUAGGUAUUAUUCCAGUGUUUACUGCUACUACUGUUUAAAGAAAAAUGUUAAAAAUUUGGCAGGAUAAAGGGUUUUUAGGUAACACCCUUAUUUAAAAUAGUUGGAGAAGGAUAUUUGUCGUUUAUAAUGAUCUCAAUCAAGAUGUUAUGGAAGAAGAGAACAAAGAGAUAUAUGUUGUUGACAGAAGAAAAUAAUUGAGUUGAUAGGUGAGUGAAGAGAAGAAGGUUGGAAAUGGGAUUGGGAUUGGGAUAUGGUGCUUCUUACUCUUUGGUUAGUCAUCUCUUGGGAGUUGGGAGGGCUGAAAAGUAGAAACGUAUGGGAAUUAAACAUGCAAAGUGCUACUGAAAAGUGUUGUGCUUUGUGCUAUCUAUGUCUUGUAGAACUAAAGCUAUAUUAGGUGAAGAAGUGUGUGCAAACUAUGUUGUCGCUACAAGACCUUGCGACUAAGAAUAAUCUUGGUAAAUAUAUAUAUGCAUAUAUUUUAGUAAUGGUAA